CACAGUUUGUGGAGACCUCAAAGGAGAGCCUGCUCUGUUUGCAGAUUCCUCGGCUCCCCUGGCCAUGGCAUCGCGAGGACGACUUCUCAUCCGCGGGGGGCGUGUGGUCAACGAUGACUUCUCACAGGUGGCCGAUGUGCUCGUGGAGAACGGCGUGGUGCGGGCUCUGGGACGGGACCUGCUCCCUCCUGGCGAUGCAGGCCGAGGGCUGCGGAUCCUGGACGCAGCGGGCAAGCUUGUCUUUCCCGGAGGCAUCGACACACACACGCACAUGCAAUUCCCAUUCAUGGGCUCGCAGUCAGUUGACGACUUCCACCAGGGCACCAAGGCUGCUUUAGCGGGAGGCACCACCAUGAUCAUAGAUUUCGCCAUUCCUCAGAAAGGCAGCUCCCUCAUCGAGGCCUAUGAGACCUGGCGCAAGUGGGCAGACCCCAAAGUCUGCUGUGACUAUAGCCUGCACGUGGCAGUGACAUGGUGGAGCGACAAGGUAAAAGAGGAAAUGAAAAUCCUUGCCCAAGAUAAAGGAGUUAAUUCUUUCAAGAUGUUCAUGGCCUACAAAGACCUGUACAUGAUACAGGACGAACAGAUGUAUGCGGCCUUCUCUCAGUGCAAGGAGAUCGGAGCAAUCGCCCAGGUGCACGCAGAAAAUGGAGACUUGAUUUCAGAGGGAGCAAAAAAGAUGCUGGCACUGGGGAUAACAGGCCCUGAAGGGCAUGAGCUGUGCCGUCCAGAAGCGGUGGAGGCCGAGGCCACUCUGAGAGCCAUCACCAUCGCCAGUGCGGUGAACUGCCCUCUAUACGUUGUGCACGUGAUGAGCAAAUCUGCAGCAAAGGUGAUAGCUGACGCAAGGAGAGAAGGAAAGGUGGUCUAUGGGGAACCGAUUGCGGCAGGCCUCGGUACUGACGGCACACACUACUGGAGCGAAGAAUGGCGCCACGCAGCCCACCACGUCAUGGGUCCUCCGCUGAGACCAGAUCCUUCGACGCCUGGCUUUCUCAUGAAUCUGUUGGCUAAUGGUGAUCUGACCACAACAGGGAGUGACAACUGCACGUUCAACACCUGCCAGAAAGCUCUGGGCAAAGAUGACUUCACUAAGAUUCCCAACGGGGUGAAUGGUGUUGAGGACCGGAUGUCUGUGAUAUGGGAAAAGGGCGUGCACAGUGGUAAAAUGGAUGAAAACAGAUUUGUGGCCGUUACCAGCACAAAUGCAGCCAAAAUCUUUAAUCUUUAUCCAAGAAAAGGAAGAAUAGCUGUAGGCUCAGAUGCUGACAUUGUGAUCUGGGACCCAGAAGCCACAAGGAGGAUCUCAGCCAAAAGUCACCAUCAGGCCGUUAACUUCAACAUCUUCGAGGGCAUGGUUUGCCAUGGGGUGCCGCUAGUGACGGUGUCGAGAGGCCGAGUGGUGUAUGAAGCAGGCGUUUUCCACGUCACGGCAGGAGAUGGGAAGUUCGUUCCACGCAAACCGUUUGCUGAAUACAUUUACAAACGAAUCAAGCAGCGAGACCAGAUGUGCACGCCGACGCCAGUGAAGCGUACACCCUACACAGGAGAAGUCAUCACAUUGAAAUCCAGAGAGACCAAAGAAGAUGAUGCAGCUGGAACCAGGAUGCAGGGCCAUUCCUGA